AUGGAUCGUCGAACUUACGAAGGUCCCAUGGACUGGGAGUAUCAGGACAGCGGCCCUUUUGAUCCUACCAGUCCCUUUACACAUGCAGCCAAAAGUAAUUCGCAGAAUGUCUUUUCUUCCCCUUCAAAACCGAGCUCAAGACCAAACCCUUUUGCAAAUUUAGGGACACCUUCUAGAGCACGACCACCCCAAUCAUCAUUUUUCACGCCUCAAGUACCUCCGAAAGCUGCUGCUCCCCCGUUCCGAAAUCCUGCUUUCACGACGCCGAGGCGACCCUUUGAAGAUUUGGCACUGUCUGAAGCUUCCGGUGCAGAGGAUAGUCCUGCCCAAACAGAGGUGUCAGACUUUCCCAACGAUACUCCUGAGGUAGAUCAUACGAGCGAUAUCAAUAUGGGUGGUAUGGCAAGUCCUUCUAAAAUCGACAAGUCGUAUCGGUACAAUAAGGCCCCUUUCUCGAGCAAGAAGCACACCCCUGGCCGAGGCGAGAUCAGAACAAGUCGGGAUCUUUCUGUAUCAGAAUUCAUUCGCAAAAGGAAGCGGCAUAAUCUCGAUAGGGACGUCAGCAAUAUCACUCGACAUCGAUGGACAGAGUCAGACUCCGACUCGGGUGAUAGUAUCGCACCACGACGACGAUCGCGCGGGAAGAAAAAGACAAAAGAAACGCCGAAGGGUUUCCUGGGCUCCCUAUUUCACGUACUGGACGAACACCCGAACGCCCCCGAUAAUCUCUAUCGUUGGGUAAAAUUACUCGUCAAUUUUUUCCUUGUCUCAGUCUUUGUUUAUAUUGGCUGGUCGAUCGUGAGCACUAUCAAAACCGAUAUCGAGAACGCGAAUGAGAUGGCACGCAUCGAAAUAAUGGGCAGGAUUACAGAGUGCCAAACCAAGUACACCAUCAACAGCUGUUCAAAUAACGAUCGCCCGGCGCUCCAGCCAUCCUGCGACGAGUGGUUCGAGUGCAUGACGCAGAACCCUGAAGCCAUCAUGAGAGUUAAAGUGACAGCGAAGCAAAUCGCGGAGAUCAUCAAUGAGUUUUCCGACGCCAUGAAUCUUAAGGCUUGGGGUUUCUUCUUCGCUGUACUCAUAUUUUGUGCCUUCGCCAACAACUUUUUUCUGGGCGGAUAUGUCAACAAGCCGGCGCCGCCUGUCCAGUCCCAACCUGCUGCUCCAUCACGCGAGCCAUCGAUGGUCCCGGAGAGCGGUCCUGGAUUCAUGUGGGUUCCAGUACAAACACCUAGAAUGAAGCGUCAUAUGAUGCUCGACGAGGGCACUGACACGGACAAUACACCCCCUAAGAUGAAGACUCUUCUCCCACCACCUUUCACCCCUUCGAUUCGUCGAAGCCCUAGUAAAGGAGAUCGAGGCCGUAGCCCUGUCAAGAAUCGGAGCCCUAGCAAAGGCCGCCGGGAACCAUUCGCAUAG